AUGGAUUGUAUUCAGGAUCCCCAGUAUCUGCUGUAUCAAGAGAGCGUACACUCCGCAUUUCAGGAAAUCUACAAAUGCCUUAGAAUCGAUAAUACCGAUGCUGAUUUGUUAGCGGAAGAGCUUGAAAUGUUUGUGAGAAUGGUACACUCGCACCGAAAGCAAAGAGGUUACGCCGACGAUUUCUCUAAUUGUCCAUUGAUUUUCAAUGACCAAUUCGACACCGAAACAAUCGAAGGUGCUCAGACUCCGUCGUCGAGAUCCUAUCCAUCUACAUCUCUUACCGUUUAUCCUUCAUCAUCAUUUCCACUGUGUCCCAAAACUUUCACUCCAUUCCCAAGACUGCCGCCCGAGUUGCGGCAAAAGAUCUGGCGUCUAUGUGCUCCUGAACAUGGGCGUGUCAUAGAGCUGAACAUGUCGGAAGAUUCAAUCUUUCCCACGAAACACCCUGCGCAUGCUGUCUUUCAUGUAAAUCGAGAAAGUAGAAAGGAACUCCUAUCUGUUAUGGGAUACGAAACUUUGAUAUUGAAAAAUAAUCGUCACUUGAGGAUUAAAGCAUGGAGUAGGGAUGCCGUUAUCAAUUUUACACAUGAGGUUGUUUUCCUCAACCCCCCAAUGUCAGAAACUAUUGAGCGCUACUCCGACCUCGAAGGUAACAUACCAAGAAUGUUGUUGGCGCUUAAAAAAGCAAUGAAGCCAGGCCAAUUAGAAAGAAUCAAAACACUGGCGAUAUCCGUCAAGAGCCUUCGGGAGUUUGAGGUAAAGGUGGCUUAUCGUCUACCUGCAUUUCGAGGGUUGGAAACUCUCAUCUGUGUUUUGGAAAAUGAAGAUGGGGAUGGAAAGAUGGAAAUAGUUCUCUCGAAAAUAAACGGACACACAAGUUUGUAUGAUGUACCUCUGUGGAGAAUGUCAUCUGUUCUACAACAAAUUGCGAAAACCUGUUUUCGUCUUACUCAAAGAGGCAGUUACACAAGUUGGAACCCGCCAGAGCUGGUAAUGUGUUUGAAACACACUCGUGAUUGGAAUCAAGAGAGAUUUAUUCCGGAAUUUGCCUGGAAAAAGGUGCCAUUGAAAGAAGAUCCGUGGAAACAUCAUCAUUAA